AAUUCUGAAUUUCAAGCAAUGUCAGACAUGGAAAGUAUCGGAGUGCGAGGCGCCACGAUCCAGGAGUUCUACCGGGGCGCCAGUGUUCUGAUCACGGGUGAAACGGGGUUCAUGGGCAAAGUUCUGGUGGAGAAACUGCUCCGGUCGUGCCCGCAUCUCAGCAGCGUCUACCUCCUGGUCCGAAGCAAGAAAGGCAAGGACGCCGAAUCGCGUCUAGACGACUUGUUCAACGAUCCAGUACGUAAAACCUUCUGUGCCUUAUUCCUGCACAUGUACAAGGAUAAAGCUCGACCAGCGACACACCAAAUCUUGUCAUAUGAAAAUCUCUCCAUCAUUUCCCGUGCUCACGUUCUGUCACAGUUCUUCAGAGUGUAAUAAAUAUGUUUGAUUUAUAGUCGAGAUAAUACUGAAUUCAAUCUCGGCCGACAGCUGUCACCACUGUGUGAUGCUUCUCUUGAAUGUUGUAAUUUAUAAUGUGAAUGCAGAGAUUGUUUAAUGAAAUAGCAGAAAAUGUUUUUUAUCCCACGUUCAAUAGUUAUGAUCACCAUGCCAUGCAUAAUUACACAAAUAAUAAAAAGUAACUGAUAUGACGUCCGUAGAGUGAUAAGGUUCAAAAGGAAAAAGUGCGCAUUUCACUUGAAAAAUGCGUCCAUAUGUGGUCUUUCAGAAGUCACCUCAGAAAUUAAAACAAUAAAAUAUUAUCGACCUGUUAUUUGUAAAAUGAAGAAUAUAAAUGUAAUCACGACUGGCUCAGCGCGUAACACAGUAAUGAAAUUAAAGUUCCCGGAGUGGAAAGCCAAAAUCAUGAAUCAAUAAAGGGCCGACAUUCAAUAAAAUAUUAAAUCUCAACGCCAGACCCAAAAGAAGAAUAUCUCACUGAUAGUAACAUACAUGACAGAAAAAGAAAAGAAAUUAUUCCAGAAAACAAGAUAUGGCCGAUGUGAACCCGUCAAAUGCUGUCAUUACAGAUAAGUAACUCAAAUCAGCUGC